AUGUCUGCCGGAUCAAACACUGUGCUAAUCUUCCGCCCUUGCAUGUUCGACUUGGAAUGCCGGACAGACGAGGAGACGUUGAUUCUCUCAGCGUCAUUGCUGGAGCACGUGGACCCGUUGAUUUUGACCGGCAACGAAGUCGGAGACCUCGACUGGCUGCGAUGUGUUGAAGGCCCACCUGGCCCAGAAGGUCAUGCCAUCAACGUGGUCAAUCUGUCGAGCCGGCUUAUGGCUAAGUGGGAUGAGCCCGAAGCGUGCGCCGAUCUGCUGGGCACCAACGCAUGUGCUCCACGUGGGUGUCGCUGCAUCCUUUGGAAGGUUCCGCGACCCCCGGCUGAUGAUGGCUUCUACGUGGCAAUUCCAAGCUACGAUCGCGAGCCGCGCUCCUGGACUGUCUUGUACGUGGUGUACCGCAAGGCCCUGAGUCAGGAAUGGACAAAUCUCGUGAUCGGCGUGCCAACUUUGUGGAAGCAACGCAACUUCAUCACACACUUCUUCGCGGAAGGCACGCACGUUCUCUCCAUGGAUGAUGACGUGGAGGACCUGUAUUUGUGUGAUCCGCUUUCGCAAUCUCCUUCGCCGGAUGUGAUGAGAAUUCCCUUGCCGGCUGGCAGCUUGGCUCUGAUAGCAGCCGAUGCCAGACAGACAAUGCAAAGCUCGGGUUCCUAUAUUUGGUCUUUGAAUGUAAGUGAUAAUCCGUUCUUCAUGCGGCACCACGUCUUGAUGACCAAUGGCCUUUGCAAUGGCUUCUUCUGGGGCUGUCUCAACAGGCAUUCCGAGGACCUCAUGUUGAAACAUGGCGACGGCCACGAGGACGUGGAGAGGUCGGUUCGGUACUUCGACAAGGAUGGUGUGGUGGUCCGGUUCUCCUUCGUCUGCGCCCGAUCGAAGUGCAAGUUGAACGCCGGUGGUUUGCAGGCUUCAAUGACGCCCGGUCAGCGCGCCAAAGAAGAGGAAAGGAGUGCUGCGCUCCUUGUCGAGGAAUUCCCACACCUUCUCAAGCUGGCUCCUGGCUCUGCUUUAGGCUUAAAGUUUACAAAGAGCCUCAGCGACCAGCUGGCAGGGGAGGCGAUGCUCUCCUUGAAAGACCUUGUCAUGCUGAUAGACCAGAAAAGGACUCGCCUGCUAGAAGGUGCGGUCUGGGCAGUAUUGCGGCGGCAAUCUGCAAAGGCUCCGGUCUCCCUCCAGAGAGGCAUCAUCCAUGGUUGCACGGAAGGCAGUGCCCUACUCCGCAAAUCUGGUGAAGGCAGAUUGCUUGCCGUACCUUGGGUCGCUCUUUACCAGGAUCAGGACUUGAACAUCGUGUGGUUGCCCGAGGCAUCUUGCGAGGCACUGGGUUUGAAGCACAAGCCGUGGUCCAACGAGCUGCAGCGGCUGCUGAAGCUGGAGCCCGGUUUCGUGCCUUCUGGAGUGCUUGCAGGCCAGGGCGGCACCCCCAAGAGUCCUAGGCGUACAACUGCAAGGGGUCGCACAACGAGGCACAGGGGUCGCACAAAGAGGCCAGCCCCUGCGUCGGAAGAGGACUCCUCGCUCGGAAAAGGCGUGGAGAAGCUCAUCGGGCUGGCGCGAGCGUGCCGGCCACGACUGCAGGAGGGUCCUGUUCAGCUGGCACUCGGAGAUGUCCCACGGGUAGCGCCAGCAGCUCCACCGCCUGCCAUUCCGAAGCAGCCAGCUGCUGAGGAGCCUGGUGGAGUCUUGCAAUGGCCAGUUGUAAGGAUUCUCUGGAUUCUCUGGCACUCCAGGAUUGCUCUGAAUCGUGGCCAGGAGGCCCAGGCGAGGAGGAGCCGUCUGCGCAUCGAUCGACGAAUCGAGGCGACCCACAAUCUCUAUGUCCUGGAGCUCAACAUGUAUCUCAAGAAGGUGAGCAAGAAGCCGGAGAGUUUCCAGAGAGUGGUCCAGCUGCGCAGAGUGGAGGCCUACCUGAGCGAAGGCAGUGCAGACUGUGCACACCAAUCCAAGCGUCGAGAUGAAACCUGCGCCGACGAAACCUGGCUCUCCGUUCUGGCGAAUGAGUACCGGGCGGGCCUGAGUGCAUGCACGGACUCAGGGGUGGAAAUACCCAUUACGCGAUGGGACAUUUCCGUAUACUACUGCGAAGACCCAGACGAGGCUCAGAACUGGCAAUCGGUGGUGAAGCAUCAAUCGUACGUCGAAGGCAUCGAGCUGUUUGAUCAUAAGUACUUCCAGAUUGCAAUCAACGAGGCACGGGGAAUGGACCCCAUGCAGCGGCACGUGCUGGAGGUCGGCGCGCAGAACCUCUUCAAGAUGGGGAUUACGAAAGACAUAGCCAGCCGCACUCCACACCAUGCCGGCGUGUCCGUGGGCUUGGACAAGGAUGAUUAUGAUUCGCUCCCCAAGACUCCUGAGCUGCAAGGAUCGGCGAAUGUCCAAGCCAUCAUCGCCAAUCGCUUCAGCUUCAUCUUCAACCUGAAAGGUCCGAACUACGUUGCUGACACAGCCUGCUCGGCCUCGCUGACGGCCACCCAUCUUGCCAAGUUCAUGCUCAGGGAUCAGACGAUCGACAAGAUUGAGUUCCACAUCGCUCUUGGCAUUCAUCAGUGCUUGUCGCCUUUCCCGUUCGUGGGCAGUUCGCAGUCCCACAUGACCUCUAUGCGCUGCCGCACGUUCAAUGCCACAGCUGGUGGCUACAUGCGGGGUGAUGGUUGUUCUGGCAUGACAUUGAAGCCUGGCGACUUGCCAGAUGAACGGGAUGCAAUUUGGCGAGGCUCUAUGGUCGGCCAAAAUGGCAAGUCGGCAACGCUGACAGCCCCAAACGGCAUCUCACAGGAAGAGGUGAUUUGGAAGGCGAUCCGCGAGGCCAAGAUCUCGCCGACCGAGUCUUGUGUCUGGAGCUGUCACGGAACAGGAACCUCACUAGGUGAUCCCAUUGAAGUUGGGGCCGUCCGCAAAGUUCAGAACAAGGAGCAGCGCGACACGACUCUGCUCGUUGUUACGAACAAGUCGCAGACUGGCCAUUUGGAAGGUGGAGCAGCCAUGACCUCGCUGCUUGCGGCGGUGUUUCAGGUGAAGGCUUCCUCCGCGAUUCCCUGCUGUCAUCUGCGGCAGCUUAAUCCGCACUUGGAUCAGACUGGCUUCAAUGCAGUGUUCAACAGCGAGUUGAACUCUUAUCAAUACUCCCAGGGCAACGUGCACGUGUCCUCCUUUGGCUUUGGUGGCACAAAUGCUCACGCCAUUUUCUGGGGGGAGAACGUCUACCAUGCACCGAGCAACGCAGAGCUCUACCAGAAGCGCAUCUGGAGCAUGUCACCCCCAGAAGUCAGGGUGAAUGGGAGUGAUCCUGCUCUGUGGGACUGGGAUGGCCCAGAUCAGGUGAUUCUGCCCGGGGACAAGUACUCUAUCGAAAUGAACCCUGACGACCCGCCCAAUGCUCCUCAGAGGUGGUUCAAGGAGGACACGGGAGUGGAAUUUGAUGAAGGCGAAGAUGAAGCUUAUUGCAUCACAGGCCCUUUCAACGAAUGGGACCUUGAGCAAAUGGAGGACGGACCGGUCCCGGGGCUGUGGACCAUCACCGUCAAGGUACCAAGCAGCGGACAGGUGGAAUUCCGUGUCUUGCGAAACGGGAACGAGGACGAGGUGAUCUAUCCAGACGUGGACAAGUGCUCGCAAAAGCUCACACCAAUUCAUGGGCCUUCGAAGGAUGACCAGAGGAAUGCGAAAAACACGUGGCUUGCGGAAGGAAUUCCGGGCUCCAGCAUCAAGAUCGACUUCUUUAGUUGCAGAGGACUCCGAAGUAUCAACUGGAUGCAAGCCACUCCUGUCCUUAUGUGCUCACCUCAGCACGUGCGAAGCAUUUUGCCAGUGGUCUGCGGUGACAGUGGUCUGGGUUGCCAUGAGUUGAUCAGGUGA